AUAUAUAUGAAUAAUCUCCUGUGUACAAGCUCAGAAGGAUACAAACCUAUUCACACACCCUGGAAGACAGAAGCCUUGCAUGAACAUACCCAGAACAAGGGAAAGAGGGAAAAAUAUUAGCUGUUGGGCUCUAUCCAGAAUAGCAUCAUCCACAUGGACAUUCCCACCUGCAGUUUCAGAAAACCUUUGAUAACUACUUAGGAAAAUGCAGAAGAUCUUGCAGACAGAUGAAAUCAUCAAUACUGAAGCUCUCAGAAAAGGAAAGAGGAAAAGGACGGAGACAAUGGACUCAGAAAAUGCAAAUAGUGACAUGGAUAAAGGACAGAGAGACCUGUACGCAGGAAACGCCUUUCUGCCCGGUGAGAGCUCCAGUGAAGAUGAGACGCCCUUGGCAGAGCUAUGCAAGGAGGAAUUGUGUGCCAAGAUAAAAAGCCUGAAAGAAAAACUAGCGAACACCCGGAAAGAAAAUAGCCGGCUGCGUCAGUCUCUGGUCAUGCUGCAAGUCUUGCCCCAGGCAGUCACGCAGUUUGAAGAGCUGGUUGGUAUGGCGGAGACCCUGCUGAAGGGUGGUGGGACCAUGCCUGCAUCUGCGUCCACCCUCUGGAGAGCAACGAAUAACUCUUCCCCAGACUCCUUUGCUUCAACGUGCAGUAAUUCUACUUCGAAUGCCAGUUCACCAGUUUCCCCAAAGGUUGAGGAAGAACAUCCCCCAGAAGGGAAGCAGUUCAAGAUUGAAAAAUGGCAGAUUGCCCGUUGUAAUAAGAACAAGCCUCAGAAGUUUAUUAAUGAUUUAAUGCAAGUGCUUUACACAAAUGAAUACAUGGCCACACACAGCCUGACCGGGGCAAAAUCCUCCACUUCAAGGGACAAGGCCGUAAAGCCAGCUAUGAAUCAGAAUGAAGUUCAAGAGAUCAUAGGAGUAACAAAACAGUUAUUUCCCAGUACAGAUGAUGUUUCCAUUAGGAGAAUGAUAGGGCAAAAACUAAACAACUGUACCAAGAAGCCAAAUGUAAGCAAAAAUCUUAACUCUCAGGAUAUUAAAUAGAUCCUUUUGGUAUCUGAAACAAAGGACUUCCACUCUAAGUUUCACAGUGGAUUGGACUGGCAAGCCUGUGCCCUCCCUGGCAGGGAGCACAGAGACAUGGGCAGCCACAGGCUGUGAGACAUGCGUUCCAUCCCUGGGCUCUCCCGAUGGCACAACAUGCUUGCUGAAGAAGUUGCAUGUAGAUUCCACCCUAAAUACUAGCGGUGCAUCAAGCCAAGGACUUUGUACCAUCAAAUAAGCAUGCAGGAUGGUUUAUUUGGAAAUAUGCAUUUUCCUUUCCCCAAAUACUUGUAUAUUUAACAGGCUAGGCGGAGCUCUCAUCGUAGCAGCAAAAUCUUCCACUCCAUAGAUCACUGUCCAAGCCAAACACUGUAUUUAUUAUUACCAGUGAACCCCCAUCUUAGCUUUUGGAUCUUUAGCAUAAGCACACUUAGAAAAGUAAACAGAUAAAUAAUCAUUGCUCACGAAUAUGAGAGCAGCAUGCUGCACCUAAACUCUGAUAAUCAUGUCUAACCAAGUAACCAUGUUUUACCAGCAAACUUACAAGAUGACUCUAUUAUCUAAAAAUAAAUAAUACAAAAAAUGAGAGCAGCAAAACCUUUUCAAUCAUGAGUACUCUACCAUACUCUUGAAAAACACAUUUUUUGUGUUAAAACAAUGUAUAAAUUCUCAGAAUGAGCUCUUUGUUUGUUUAGCAGAUAUACUCUUAAUUUGUUACCCAAUACAAAUAAAGAUGUGGAAUGUAAACCAUCAAUAUCACCUAAAACAUCCUAUUAUAUGAUAUAUAACAUGCAUUUGGUCAGUUAUGUUGCUACACUGCUUAGUUUUAACUGGUUUAUUUUCAUUGUAGCAGAAGAAAAAUGAAUUGAAAAUAAUCAACAUAGGUCUGCUAAUCGCACCAAAAAUGUCAUUUUGUUAGUCACCAAAAGAUAAAAUGCCAUCCAAAGGCUUCCCCCUUGAUGUUACUUGUCACAGCUGACCAUUGUACAAGGCAAAGCUGUUGUUCAGUGCACAAGGCCAUGUUUAAACUUGGAAGGGAAGAUGUUACAUCGUUACAAAGUGCAGUACUGUGGACCCAGGGAACAUUCUGUGACUGUUGCUUGAUGGCAGUGUGGCCCUACAAAAUAAAUGCUCCUAAGAACAUAAAUUAUGUAAUAUUUGCUACUUAUAAUUACACAUAAAUAAAUUUCAUUGAAAAGGA